AUGUCCAAGAGCGUUGCCGCGGCAAGCCAUGCGGACUUCAACCGCAACUCGCUGUUCGACCUCAAGGGCCGCGUGGCCCUCGUAACAGGCGGCGGUUCGGGCAUCGGGCUGAUGAUCACCCAGGCGCUGGCGGCCAACGGCGCCAAGGUGUACAUCGUGGGGCGCACGCGCGAGAAGCUGGACAAGGUGGUGGAGACGUACAACAAGGACAUCGAGGGCUCCAUCGUCGCGCUGCCCGGCGACGUGACCAAGAAGGACGAGGUGGCGCGGCUGGUCAGGGAGGUCGAGGCCCGCGAGCCCUGCCUCUGCAUCCUCGUCAACAACGCCGGCAUCGCCAGCGAGACGGUGCAGCCCGAGUCCGGGUCGGCGGCGGAGAUGAGGCAGAACCUGUUCGACACGUCCAAGACCACAACGCAGGACUGGCUAGCCACCUACGAGACGGACGUGGUGUCCCUCUACUUUACCACGGCGGCGUUCCUCCCGCUGCUGCAGCGGUCGGCGGAGCGGCACCCGCACUGGUCCGGCACGGUGGUCAACGUAACCAGCAUCAGCGGGCUGGUCAAGAGCGCGCAGCACCACUUCGCGUACAACGCGGCCAAGGGCGCGGCCUCGCACCUCACGCGCAUGCUGGCCGGCGAGGUCGCCGCGGCGGGCCACAAGGUGCGCGUCAACGCCCUCGCCCCUGGAGUGUUCCCGAGCGAGAUGACCGAGGGGGGGAGCGACGAGUUCCAGAAGAGCCACCUCGACAAGGAGAAGUACGAGGGCAAGGUGCCCGCGGGCCGGCCGGGGAGGGACAUCGACAUGGCGCAAGGGGUGCUGGGGCUGGUGUGUAACCAGUACAUCGACGGCCAUACGCUGGUCGUGGAUGGGGGGUAUGUACUGGCGGCGGGGCAGUAG